GAGCAGAGGAGGUGUAGAGACAAAAGGGACAGGAAGUACUGGUGAGGAGCAAGACUAGUCCAUUGACUGAGAGACACAGGCAGAUAGAAAGCACAGAGCAAGAUAACUCACUUCAGAUGUGUUUGAUUCAAAGACUAUUAUUAUCAUUAAACCACUCAGGAACAAAAAGAAACGGUCAAGAGGAAACCAACAUCUAACCAAGAAAAGAUCUACAGUAUUUUGUCCAACAGAAGACUGGAAAGAGAGCUGCUCUACUUGUAAAGGCAGUACAGAGACUGUUUCAUUGUUUUGAUCCGUCAGCCCAGUAUCUGACCAUCAUGACACAUCAGGUCAGCCGCUCUCCGUUCCUCAAGCCCUUCUACAGGAGGUCCCCGGUUGGUGGGGUCAUCCCGCGACCCCAGAGACGCCACACGCUCCCCGCCAGUGAGUUCAGGAACCUGACCCCACAGGACGCCAUCAGCGUGUUCGAGAUCGAGAGAGAAGCAUUCGUCUCUGUGUCUGGUGAGUGUCCACUCACUCUUGACGAGGUGCUGAACUUCCUAAGUCAGUGUCCGGAGCUCUCCCUGGGCUGGUUUGAAGAGGGCCAGCUGGUGGCGUUCAUCAUCGGCUCAGGCUGGGGAAAAGAGAGACUGGAGCAGGAGGCCAUGACCAAGCAUAUCCCAGAAACCUCGGCAGUGCACAUCCAUGUGCUGUCUGUGCACCGCCACGCUCGCCAGCAGGGUAAAGGUUCCAUCCUGCUGUGGCGCUACCUGCAGUACCUGCGCUGUGUGCCAGGCCUCCGGAGGGCCCUGCUGGUCUGUGAGGAGUUCCUGGUGCCCUUCUACCAGAAGGCAGGCUUCAAGGAGAAGGGGCCUUCUGCCAUCAUCGUGCCCAACCUCACCUUCCAGGAGAUGGAGUACCAUAUUGGCGGCGCGGCCUACGCACGGCGGAACAGCGGCUGCUAGUCACUGCCGGCCGUCCCCACCCCGCUCAUAAUCUGAUCAACCCUAGCACUGAAACCCAUCCACCAUGUCAACAUAGACUCUGGUCAUCACAGUUGACCAUCCAGACCACACUACAGCAGACAGACAGACAGACAGACAGACAGACAGACAGACAGACAGA